AUGGAAGUGUCUCACUUUAGUUCACGUUUCCCAUAUAAAGUACCACCAACAUUCAAGGACAACCAUCUCCAUGUGAUGUCAAUUAAAGAAACUGACGAGUCUGGUUCUGAAGCAAUCGACAGUAAUCAACGAUUAGAUGAAGAAGAUGAUGAUGAUGAUGAAGAUGAAACGAUCGAAGGCGAUGAGGAUCUUAGGGUGCCGGCAGGUGUUAGACCAGAACCAAUUACACGAUUCAUGAAAAGGGUAACACUUAUUGCUGACCUACAUCCACUGACUCGAUCGUUACGUCUAGAUGGCAUACUUGAAACUGAGUUUUUCACAAAAAAACAUGAUACAUUAUAUCGUAAUUCAGUUUUUCGAUUGAGUUGA